UCUUCUGUUCACUUCUGUUUUUUCUUCUUUCAUUCUCUGGUUCUCGCGAACUUUCUUUCUCCUGAGGACUCUUGUCAUUUUCCUCAAGGAACUUCUUCAAAUACUUAACACCAUUCUUCUGUUUCUGAUCUUCCAUGAAAUCAAAACAAAUUUAAGCAAGGCUGAAUAGUACUACUACUCUCUGUGCGUUGGGUGUAUUAAUAUACUUGGAUUCGCUCUCUGUUACCGGGUUCUUCGCCAAGCAAAUAGCACCCAUGUUGUCAUUCAAGAAAACACAAGUCCUAAGAGUGAUUCAUGUCACUUUUCUGCUCGUUUAAUACAAACGUACGGUUGGAAAGAGAAAGAAAAGGAAAAGCAACCUCGGAGAGAGGCCUGGAUUUCAGCACUUGAUAGCUGUAAAUCAAAAGUACUUGGGCUCUUCAUUUUUUACUUCUAAUUGGCCAAAGUCAUGGAAUAUUUCAGGAGUCGUACGUUUGAAAGCUUAGAGAGAUCUUCGAGUUUUGAGCAGAAAUAUCCAAGAAACAUCAGAGUGGUUUUUGGCAGAGUUUUGGAGAGCUUUCAGAGAGGAGUUGAGAGAGUUAAAAGUUUGAAAACGAAACAAAUAAGCACCCAUUCUGUAGGGGAUCGGCCAAAAAAAGAGUCUGGUCGUACUAGGGAAGUCUUUGAUCCACAGGAUCAAUUUCUACAAACAUGGAACAAAAUAUUUGUGCUUUCUUGUGUGAUAUCAGUGGCUGUGGACCCAUUGUUCUUUUACAUCCCUGUGAUGGACAAGUUUAAGGAUGGGGACAGAUGCUUAAAUUUAGACAACACACUGGCAAUUUUUGCUUGUGUUAUUCGAUCCGCCAUGGAUGCCUUCUAUGCAAUUCAUAUAUUGUUUAGAUUCAAUACAGCAAUUUUCCUUCCGGAAUCUCGAGGGUUUGGAAGGGGUGGGUUGAUUAAGGAUCGUAUGGCUAUAGCAAAAAGAUACCUAUUCACCGGCCACUUAAUUAUUGACAUUCUAUCAAUUCUCCCAUUGCCACAGGUGGUAGUUUUCGUUAUCUCUCCCAAAUUAAAAACUGAAGUUCCAUUGGUCAUUAAGGAAAUGUUGAAGUUUGUAAUCUUCUCCCAAUAUGUGCCGAGGCUUUGGCGGAUCUAUCCACUAUAUGUAGAAGUAACAAGAACAUCCGGCAUACUAACUGAGACAGCAUGGGCUGGAGCUGCUUAUAAUCUGUUCCUCUACAUGCUUGCAAGUCAUGUAGUUGGUGCUUUUUGGUACUUGUUUGCCAUUGAACAAUGGGACGCAUGCUGGCAGGAAUGGUGCAAGGAUGAUCAGGAUGGUUGUCAAGAAUCUUUUUACUGUGGUAUUCGGCAUAAUAAUAACUUUGGAACUAAUAUAAGUCAGGCUUGCCCUUUUAUGAAGCCUGAUGAGAUUGAGAAUUCAACUGUCUUCAACUUUGGAAUUUUUACUGAUGUUCUGAGGUCUGGAGUGGUGGAAUCAAGAGCUUUUCCAAAGAAAUUCUCCUACUGCUUUUGGUGGGGUCUGCGUAGUCUGAGUUCUUUUGGCCAAAGCCUGUCAACAAGCACAUAUGUUUGGGAGAUAGCCUUCGCUGUUUUCAUCGCCAUCUCUGGAUUGGUCUUGUUCUCAUUACUUAUUGGCAAUAUGCAGAAAUAUCUGCAAUCCACAACAGUGAAAGUAGAAGAAAUGAGAGUGAGAAGGACUGAUGCAGAACAGUGGAUGUCCCAACGUAUGCUCCCUGAUAACUUAAGGGAGCGGGUCAGACGAUAUGAACAAUACAAAUGGCAGGAAACCAGAGGUGUCGAGGAAGAGAAUCUCAUUCGUAACCUUCCUAAGGACCUCAGGAGGGACAUAAAGCGCCAUCUUUGCUUGGAUCUUCUCAUGGGAGUGCCCAUGUUCAAAAAGAUGGAUCAGCAACUGUGGGAUCCGCUGGUUGAUCGUCUCAAGCCAGUGCUUUACACAGACAAGAGCUACAUUGUUCGUGAAGGGGAUCCAGUGGACGAGAUGCUCUUUAUCAUCCGAGGAAAACUAGCCACCUCGACUACCAAUGGUGGAAGAACUGGUUUCUUCAACUCUGCUGAUCUUAAUGCUGGUGACUUUUGUGGUGAAGAGCUUCUUACUUGGGCCUUGGAUCCCCAGACCUCGGCCCCCAAAUUCCCCACGUCAACUAGAACAGUGGAAGCAAAAACAGAGGUUGAAGCCUUUGCGCUGAUGGCCGAAGACUUGAAGACUGUAGCCUCUCAGUUUCGGAAACUUCGUAGCAAGGAGCUCCGACACACUUUCAGGUUCUACUCACAACAAUGGAAGACAUGGGCGGCAUGUUUUAUCCAAUCAGCUUGGCGCCGGCACUGUAAGAGAAAGCUUGAGAAGGAAUUGCGCGACUCAGAAAACAGACUGCAAGAUGCUUUGGCAAAUGAAGCUGGCACCUCGGCUAGUCUUGGUGCAACUAUUUACGCAUCAAGGUUCGCUGCCAAUGUACUUCGAACCUUGAAACGGAAAAGGGCUGCAGAACGCACCACCAGAGCACCACAAAGAGUGCUACAGUUACUGCCACAGAAACCUACUGAUCCCGAUUUCACUGCUUACGUACGUCAUUAAGAGUAGUAUAUAUGCUGUUUCAAGUUGAUUAUAACGCAGUAAUUGUUUUUACAUAAAGGUUUUUGAAUCCAUAGUUUUGUGUAUAGCAUGUUUUAAUUUUAAGCGAACUUCCAACUUAAUAAUCUAGAUCACUGUGUUCUGCUGUGUCA